AUGUUUGAAGAGGAAAGCUUGUCAUCAUGGGAGACGUGGGAGCCAUGGGAUCCGAGGUACAUCAAUGACACCUCCAACAUCUCUGUGUCCUAUCCAGGCUGGGAUGUGCCGUACAGCCCUCGGUUUGAUUCCGUAUCCAUCGUCAUGCCUGUGAUAUACGGGCUGAUAUGUGCAGUAGGACUUGUGGGUAACGGUAUCGUCCUGUACGUCAUGGCUCGUCACUCCAAACUGAGAAGCCCGGCAGACAUCUUCAUCUUCAACUUGGCCUUGGCGGACGAGCUCUUCAUGCUGGGAAUGCCGUUUCAGAUUCACCAGUUUGCCUCUGAAGAGUGGGCGUAUGGUGCAGUCAUGUGUAAGAUCGUCAUGGCCAUGGACGCGCAGAAUCAGUUCACCUCCACCUACGUCAUGACCGUCACCGCCGUCGACCGCUAUCUGGCUGUCAAUCAUCCCGUGCGUUGCCUGGGUUACCGGACACGAUUUGCGGCAGUUGUCGUGAAUGUCGGCACCUGGGUGGCGUCAGGCUUGUCCAUACUUCCGGUGUGGAUAUACGCCUCCCAAGUGCAGAAUCGGGACGGAACCAACGUCUGCAUUCUCAAGUUGCCCAACCCUGACGGCAUCUACAACUUUACUAUCUACCACUUCUGCCUGGGCUUCCUGGUGCCACUGGUGGUGACCACAGCCUGUUGUCUCCUCAUGAUCCAUCGACUCAACAACACAAUAGCGCCCUCUGGCAACCAGCAGCCGCAUCACAAUCACCACAAGUCCACCAAGCGGCUCCUGGUGUGCAUCGUGUUGGUCUUCAUCGCCUGCUGGCUGCCCUUCCAUGUUGUCCAGCUGGUCAAUCUGACGAUGACCGGUCCACCUUCGUACAGCUUCAUCGUGGGGUACUUCUUCAGCAUGUGUAUGGGUUAUGCCAAUAGCUGUUUCAACCCGCUCCUGUACGCCUUCGUGGGAAAGAACUUCCGGAAACACUGGCGGAAGGCGCACGCGAGGGGCCUGACCGGGCGGCAGCAGCGGCGAAUCGCCCCCGACAACCAGCCCGGGGACAACAACACCAGUCAGCGGGCCGGGUCAGCCUACCAGCCGGCCGUGUGGCAGACCGGGACCCGGGAAACCAUCCCCUCCGGCUCGUCAGCUAUCGACCUCCGAGAAAACACGGCGGUGGUCGGGACGGAGCGAGCGGGACCAAGCAACCUGCUGUCGGUAGAGUCGAGUCUGCCAUCGCAAGCACAUUUCUUGAGGAAACCCGUCAUGGAAAUGCAACUGUAGUUAGUAAUAGGAGAGUCAUAGGGUCACCGUUGGGGUUAUACUGCCUCUUAAGGGAGGACACAUACCCUUUCUUCUACUUUAUACAAGACGGGAUGCGCCAGGUCCCCCAUUAUGUGCAACUAGUGUAACCUUCUUAAAUAAUUUCUAAGAUAUCAAGGAGUGCCUACGACUAAAUAUAAGACCUCAAGAUUCUCUUGCCAGAUUGUGAAAGAUUGAAUAAUUUUAACCUAGGAUGUAACCUAGCAUACCAAAAGUCAAACGGAAUCCCGGCUCUAGUUGCUCGGGAGUAAUGGUAGGACACUUGACACAGAUUCUUAGGGGCCUUGGGUUCGAAUGUUGUGACAUGAAAAAACACCACCUUGCGAUACUUUCUUUUUUAAUGUGCACCAGGAUGGCGCUUAGGAACAACAAAUUUACGGCGGAUCCAAGAUGGCAGAUCCCAGGUUGUAGCUUAUGUAUGAUGUCAUUUUAUGACGUCGUUGCUCUUGCCAUUGACAACAGACGACUUAGCAUACAUUGAUUUUUAUUGUUACUUACCUGACGUGUGUAUGUCGAUAUGAUCUACCACUGCUUACCAAGCAUAAGAUAGAAGAGUUCAUAUGUACUAGUAUUUGAACAAUCAUAUGUUACUUGCGUCUGUACCAUAUUGCAUCUUCAAUUUUGCACAAGUUAACCAUACUACAACACUAUUUAUUCAAGAUAUUUCUCUGUUUUGCACUGUAUCUAUUAGUAAGUUGUCUUGGCGUUCUGGAGUCUUGAGUAUAGACAUGGGUUCAUCUGCCCGGUUUUACAGUGAUUUUAAGUGGAUAUUUAGUUGGAUAUCUAGGAAACUAAUUUGCAUAUUAUGCUAAUGCAAUUUUCUCCUUGUUCUUGUCGUUGUAUAAUGACGUUCACUGUUCCGAGUACGUAUUUGGUGCAAUUUCUGUCGCUACAAAUACGUACUCUCCAAGCAGAGGUUAGGCUCCGGCUGUUUUUAACGCAUUUUUGUUUUGUUUUUAUCAAGCUUUCAAUUUAGUCAUUUUUCUUGACGUACGCCAGCCAAACAUUAGGUUUUGACAGUACAAGAUUCCAUGAUAAAGUAGAAAGCCCGAUAAAAACGACUAAAAACGUUUUAAAACAACCGGAGUCUAACCUCUGCUCGGAGAUUACGUAUUUGGAGCGACAGGAAUUGUGGGGUGGGGAAAAUUUCAAAUGUGAAGGCCCCUGACUUGUUGGUCGUGCUCGUAUUGAACAUUGCCUCGAUUUGCAAGACAAUGUUAGGGCGUGAUUUGUUUAUGUUCUUGUUCUUGUUUGAAUACUGGGUAACACCCCUUAGUGUUGGGGCAAUCCACCCAGGGCGAAGUAUUACUGUUUUAUUGGCCGUUCCUCAGGUCUUCCUUGACGAAAAAAAAAAAACUUGAUAGGAUUAGCUUGAAGUUGAAUAUGGUAGAUUAUUCCAGUCGAUAAUGGUUCUUGGGAAACAUGAGUUUGUUGGUCUAGGGAAGUCUGUACGAGCUUGGGUGAUUAUUUCGUGAUUGCCUUGGGUUCAGCUGCAAAUAGGAACCAACCGGCAGGGCUAGGACAUUUUGUCUAGAUUUCUGAAGAAUUGUUAGUCUGUUGGCUGCUCUUAUAUUUUUGAGUGUAUCCCAUUCUAAGUCUGAGACUAGUUUAGUGGCGCUUGACUGAGAAUUUGGACUGUUAGGUACAUUUAAAACAAACCUGGCCGCUCUUUGUUGGACCGCUUCUAGUUCGGAAAUGCCUCUGGGGCCUUCACCUUUGACAUAUUACCCAUACUUGCUGUCACGGCACAUGCGUACACGAAACCUUGCACAUGCUUAUUGAGUACUAGGGAAAAGUAACAUAAAGAACAACUAUAUCCUUUAUAGCAGCUGUUAGAUUUAAGAUUAGUUAUGUUUACCUUCACGGAGAGGAAAUAUUGUUAUUGCUCCGAUACUUCUUCUCCAGACAAAUAAGGUCAAUGACCUGAACCAGACUGCGGUCACCAUGGUUACCGGAUAUGUGAUUGACAAUGUAGCAAGUGGCAGGACAGGCGCUGGUCUUUAAAUGUCUUUGGGUACGAAUAAACAAUGCAGUAUUUUGUAAUACCAUAUAAUGUGAAGGUAAACACCACGCAUUUGCCUGCAAAUACUCCAUUUCUGGUUUAGUUUGUAUAAUUUGCUUUUAGCACAGAAUUUCAUCUCUAACUUUUUACAUGCAAUUUGUUUUACGUUUUAUUGAUCCUCUUGGAUGUCAUCCAUUUUGGAUGAUAGGACUACC